AUUGGUUAUCACCAUCAGUAACCAAUCAGUACCUACCAAUAACCACUAGCCGUCCCACCUAGCCUCAUUAGAAGCACCUGUCCUCAAGAUGGUAGACCGAGAGCACCUCCACGGCCACGUGUCAGCCAUAUUCUCCGCCAUAGACCGGAACAAGGACGGUAGACUCAGUUUCACUGAUCUAAGACUUGGUUUCCACGAGCUUGGUAUUAGCAUGCCUGAUGACGAAUUAAAGGACAUGAUGAACGAGGUGGACCAGGACGGUGACGGAGCUAUAAACUUCUCCGAGAUGCUCACUAUCAUGAUCAGGAUGCACAAACAGAGCAGGGAGUCACAGAACCUACAAAAGGUCUUCGAAGUCAUGGAUAAAGACGGUAACAAGAGAAUAAGCAAGACUGAGCUGAAGAAAGCGUUAAAGCUCUACGGAAACAAAAAAGUAUCAGCCUCUGAACUGGACAAAAUUAUGAUUGAGGUUGAUUUUGACAACGACGGAUACAUCAGCUUCGUAGAGUUUGCCAAUUGUGUUCAUCUCUUCAAAUAGAAAAAGUGCGCGCUCGCGUGAACUAAUGCUUAAUCUUCACAGUUGAUAUUGAUAAACCGCUGCUUUUAUUAUUUAACCGUUGUUAUAUCUGGGAAUUUACACUCAUUAAUUCUAACUCAUUCAUCAUUUAUUUUACUUCGUUGCAAUUAGUGUGGUGUACUAUUUUUUCGAAGAUCUUAAUCCUUUUUCAAAAUUUAAGUUCUUUUAACAGUGUUAUCGAUGUUUAACGUCGAUUUACUACAGCACAACUAAGAUUUUAGGGAUACUUUUAGUUUUAUAUCGACUGUUUCAGCUACUCCAUAUAAUGCAUUAGCAAGGUUACAACCAUUAAAAUCAUAUCUUGAGAGCUACCCAUUCGCCUUUUUCCUCACAUUUAACAAAUGUUUACUGAACACAUGUAUCUUCUAAGUGAUGAAAUGUUUUAAUGACACUAACUUUGUAGUUGUCUUCAGUGACAUAUAUAUUAUAACGUAAUUUGAGACGGAGAGCAGAGAAUUUUUGAAGCCGUUUAGAUUAUUUAAUUUCAAAUUACGUGUAAAGAAAACGUCACAAUUAAAUUUGAUAAUAAAUUAACGUUAUAGGACGUUUAACAAAAUUUAACUGUUUGUGUGUACUUUAUGAUUGAACCAAUUUGAAGCGUAUUUAAAC